AUAGAAAACCUAAUAGUAAAAACAAAAUAUAUAAACACAAACACAAAAAAAAAGAUGAAGCCAUCUUUUGUUCUUCUAUCUAUUGCUCUAUUACUAUCAUCAUCACUAUCGCAUGCAUCCGACUUUGGAUCGCCGUCACACCCACCGGUGAUGUCUCCAACACCGGAACCAUCAAACUCCAUCGACUGUUCUAGCGUCAUCUACAGCAUGGUGGAUUGUCUAUCCUUCUUAACCGUCGGAUCAACUGAUCCAAGCCCGACCAAAACGUGUUGUGUUGGGAUCAAAACCGUUCUUGAAUAUAACCCAAAGUGUCUUUGCUCUGCGUUAGAGAGUAGUCGUGCAAUGGGUUUCGUACUAGAUGAUACCAAAGCUCUUGCCAUGCCUAAAAUUUGCAACGUUCCCAUUGAUCCUCAUUGUGAUGUAUCUAAUCCGGUUGCAACAACACCAAUUUCUCCACCAGUAGAGCCACCUACGACUUCACCACCUUCAGCAAAGUCGCCGGCCAUGACCCCUUCAUCACCGGCGGUUAGCCACUCACCACCACCGGUUAGCCACUCACCACCACCGGUGAGGCACUCACCACCGCCAGUUAGGCACUCACCACCGCCAGUUAGGCACUCAUCACCGGUGGAGGCUGCUUCAUCACCGUUAAAGGCCGUCUCAUCAUCCACGGCAAUCGCUUCAUCACCGAUGGCAGCUUCGCCGUCACCGUCACCAUCAAUAUCGAGUACCGGGAUUUUAUCAGUAUCCAAACAAUUCCUAGCUGCUGUGAUGGUUUCUUCUUUUGUUUACAUCUUCGCUUAGAUUUGUUUUUUGUUUUUUUUCUUCUUAAUUUUAAAUAAGUUGAAUCAACUUCUUUUAUUUAUUUUAUGGAUUGUGGACAAAUAAUUUGUGAUGCAUGGUUCUUAUGGAUUUAAAGAACAGUGACGAUUAAGUUUGUUGUUUUUGUUUGAUCGAGUUAAAUUUUUGGUUAUUUA